GGAGAUCCCACUGUUACACUGCACUCAUAUAAACUCCAUCAAGCUCCCAAAACAGUUUGCAAUUCUCUCUUCAUCUGCACAGAAAAGAGAUAGAGAGAGAGAAGAAACACACACAAACACACACUGAAUCAAACUGAGAAGAGAAAAAAAUGGGCGCGGAAAGCUGGAGCAUAACCGCGAAGCUCUGCGACUCCUGCAAGGCGUCUCCCGCCGCCGUCUUCUGCCGCGCCGACUCGGCCUUCCUCUGCGGCGCGUGCGACGCCAAGAUCCACGCCGCCAACAAGCUGGCGUCGCGCCACGGCCGCGUCUGGAUCUGCGAGGUCUGCGAGCAGGCGCCGGCCGCCUUCACCUGCAAGGCCGACGCCGCCGCCCUCUGCCCCACCUGCGACCGCGACAUCCACUCCGCCAACCCCCUCGCCCGCCGCCACGAGCGCGUCCCCUUCGUCCCCUUCUACGACGCAAUCGCAAAGUCCCCUCCCUCCGCAGAGUGCUCCGAGGAGGAGGCCGAGGCCGCCUCCUGGCUCCUACCCGACCCGAAUUCCAAAGCCGAGGACCAAUCCGGGUCGCCCGAAUACAUGUCCGCCGAGUACCUCUUCACCGAUAUCGAUCCCUAUCUCGAUCUCGAUCUCAAAUCGGGCGAUCAGAAGCCGCAAUUUCACCAAAUCGAUGAGCAGAAGCAUUACUCCUCCGACGGAGUCGUGCCGGUGCAGAACGAAUCGGGUCAAUACGUACCGGGCACCGUCGUGGACGGAUUCCCCACUUUCGAAAUGGAUUACGCGGUGCCCAAGCCAUUCAUGUACAAUUUCACCUCGCAAUCGAUCAGCCAAAGCGUGUCGUCGUCGUCGAUGGAGGUGGGGGUGGUGCCGGAUGCGGCGGAGAGCUUGGGGAAGAGCGAGGGCGCGGCGGCGGUGGCGGUGCUGGGAAUGGAUAGGGAGGCGAGGGUGCUGAGGUACAGAGAGAAGAGGAAGAACAGAAAGUUCGAGAAGACGAUUCGAUACGCGUCGAGGAAGGCGUACGCGGAGACGAGGCCGAGAAUUAAGGGGAGAUUUGCGAAGCGGUCUGAGCUGGAGGUGGAGCCGCUCCUCGGCGGCGACGCUGCGGCGUACGGCGUCGUUCCGAGCUUCUAGUGAGAUCCAAUGAUCUUGCCUAGGGUUUAAUCGAAUUUUGGGCUCUAACAUUUGACGAUGAUGACGAGUAAUACGUCGUCGUCGUGGGUAAAUAUUGUAAGGUUACUUGUUCUCGAUUUUGUACUGACGUUUUCCAUUUCCUAUUUUUGUAUAAAUAUAAAUUGUACUUUAUUCGCA